GUUUGUCAUCAAAAUUGCCAGCUAUAAUUGGGUAAAUCAGUUUGCACAAACUCCAAAUCAAGUUGACAUUUUAUCACGUGAUCAGGAAAUUUGCACAACUUUUUGAAGUUUAAAAAGUUGAAACUUGUAUUAGGAAAACAUUUAAAUUUUUUCUCAAAAACAAAAAUGGACCCUAAACACUUCAUCUUCCAAACUUAUGCCUUUUUGAUAAUAUCAGCGUACCUCUUCGGGAAUUCAUGUUGCAGCCGUAUUGCCCAGAUUGAUGUGGGGAAGCCAGAUGCCAAAUUUUCUAUUAAUGCUCCCUCUUCUGACUGGGAAUCACUCAUUUUCAGAAUAGCCAAUGGAGUGGGAACAUUUGGAAAGGAAUGCCGCAAGCACAGCCACUGGUACUGCCUGGACUCCUACAGGACUCUGAGACCAGACGAGGGUGGAUCAAACAAAUCCGCCUUGAUAUCUUCGGGAACUGGUCUGGAUCGGGAGGCUUGUGUUGCCUGGUUUCGUAUCCUCAUUCGACAGAACUGGAUCAAAAUCAAUAUGAUCAACUUUUGGAACUACAAGGACUGUUGCAGAGGGCAGGCGGAGGAGUACCUUGUGAAUGGGUUCUUAAACAAACAGAUGGCUCCUGAUGAUUACAUGGCCAAACUCACAGACUACAAAAACGAGGACAACAAGCCUCUCAACUAUCUAUCGGCGUUUUACCUGGAAGAAUAUUGCCUGAACUUAAUCAUGGAUGUCGGUUUUGGCCCUGGAAACCUACGGCGUGAUCAUCAUAGCGAAGUAGUCGAAGGUCAACCUUACGUCAUCGCGGGUAGCGACAUCGGCGGCGAUAUCGGGAUCCAACAUAUUCUUUCCUUCGUUUUUCCGUUUGACGAUCCAGGAAAUAUGUUAACAUUUCACUGGUUUAAACACAACAUAAUGUGCCGAGAUAACGCCUGGAUUUGUAAUGAAAAAAAGAAACAUUCCAAAAAGGGGUUGAAAAAAGACUCCUCGAAAAAUGGAAGCGACGGAAGCUUAGGCGAUUCAUCUGGUUCCAGCAGCGGAGCUUCUGGAAGUGGCACUUCUAAUGGCGGGAGCAAAAGUACAACAAAAGGGGCAAAAAGCGGAGGAAGUAAUAAAGCAGGACGGAAAAAGCGAAAUGGUUUUAGUCGCAGAUAGGCGGAGGAAGAGCAUCCAUUUGACUCAAGAAGCUUUC